AUGGCACGUAAAAUGGAGAGAAUGUUAAUACUCUCAGCAGUUGGAGAGUUUUCCAUGGGCAUCUUAGGAAACACAUUCAUUGGAUUGGUAAGCUUCAUGGAUUGGGUCAAGAACAGGAAGAUUGCCUCCAUUGAUUUAAUCCUCAUGAGUUUGGCCUUGUCCAGGAUUUGCCUGUUGUGUGCAAUUCUACUGGACUGUUUUAUUUUGGUGGUGUAUCCAGAUAUCUAUGACAAUAAUGAGAAAAUGAGGAUCAUUGACUUCUUUUGGACCCUAACCAACCAGUUAAGUGUCUCCUUUGCUACUUGCCUCAGUAUUUUCUAUUUCUUCAAGAUAGCCAAUUUCUUCCACCCCCUCUUUCUCUGGAUGAAAGGCAGAAUCCACAAGGUGAUUCUCUGGACUCUACUGGUGAGCCUGGUGCUCUCGGUGUUCAUCAGCAUUCCAGUCACUGGGAACUGGAACGAUAAUUUCAGAUCCUGUGUCAAGGGAAGGAAGAAAACAAACUUCACCUGGAGGUGUGGAAUCAAUGACAACCUGUAUGCUUCGACCAAGUUAAUUCUCAACCUGGUAACCUUGUUCCCCUUUGCUGUGUCCCUGUUGUCAUUUCUCCUCUUGAUCCUCUCUCUGUGGAGACACACCAGACAGAUGAAGCUGAAUGCUACAGGCCACCGAGAUCCCAGCACAGAAGCCCACAUACGAGCCUUGAAAUCUGUCAUCUCCUUCCUGGUCCUCUUCGUUGCUUACUGCUUGGCCUUUCUCAUAGCCACCUCCAGCUACUUUAUGCCAGAGACCGAAUUAGCUGUCAUUUUUGGUGAGUUGAUAGCUCUCAUCUACCCUUCAAGUCAUUCAUUUAUCCUAAUACUGGGGAACAAUAAAUUAAGACAAACAUCUGUGAAGGUGCUAUGCAAAUUAAAGUAUAUUCUAAAAGGAAGAAAAAUUUGA